AUGGGCGCUCCACGAAACGCCGUCUACGCCGAAGAAAGCGCAGAAGUCGAAGUGCUCUAUGCGGACCUCGAGAAGCUCAACACCCUCACUAAACGGAUUCAAGGCUCUUUAUCCCGGCUAGAGGCUAGUGGAAAGGUGGUCAAGAAUGCGAUCGGCCCCAUAUAUGGCAACACACAGGCGCUACAUGCCACCAACACAAAUAUCGAUAGGGUGAACGAUGCUAUCGAGCGAAUGCGCCGGCCGUUAGACGUAAAGGGCCAGGAAGAGAGUAUCAUACGGGCUGGACCGCAAAAUGCUGGCUUGCCCCAAUUCAUUGGGGCGUUGAAACGUAUCGACCUCGCACUCACGGACCUGAGCGCUACCAAACUGCGCUCAAACCAAAAGGCUGUCUCUGAAUUUAGCUCACUGCUCAGCUCGGGUAGCAGUAAGCUCCAGGAUCUCUUCCACUCCACCCUGAGAGCGGAAGCUAAUACUAUCGAACCACUUCAUUACCUUACGAAACAACUUUCCUUUCCGUUACUGUCCCAGGAUGCUUUCUCCGAACUUACUCCUGUUGCCGGUGCAAUUACCGCUGCCUCCAAGCACAUCCCUCAGCAAGGUCAUAUAGAAAACCCAGCUAUCUCUAUCUACGCGGAAGUCCGCGGCCCUUACUUGACGAACAGCUUGCAAAACCUAGCUACCGCUUCAAUCAAUACGGCAAAACGCAGGGCAGUUGACGGUCCUUACAAACAAGGCACCAAUGGAAUCGGCGUAUACUCAAAUGUCAUUGAAGGAAUGUUCGUUUCAGAGUAUGAAAACAUCGUCAAAAUAUUCCCUCCAGACCAACAAGGCAAGGCUCUUCAGGCAACAUGUCGACCCGCUCUGGCAGAAUUCUCCAAAACUAUGCGAGAGCUGAACAUGUAUAUCAAAUCGAACCUGAUCAACGAUUGUUUCCUUGCUUUUGAAAUAAUCGAUAUCGUCACUUCUCUAUCAUACCGCCUAGAUUCAAAGACGGGAGAUCUUAAGAAUCUAUUUUUUGAAGCUCUAAGGCCCAUACGAGAAACAGCCAAAUCAUCUCUGACAGAACUAUUAGAAGAGACCAAGCGUCGAUCAGCAGCCCUUACUACUUUACCCCAGGACGGCUCACCUGUUCCACUGGUGAACGAAGUAAUGAGCUCUCUAUCCACGCUCACCGCUUACUCCAAACCUCUAGCUUCCAUCCUCACAUCACUAGGAGACGGUAACUGGAAACCCUCUGCAGUCCCCAACACCGCACCUCUUGACGUGGGCCCAGACAGCUCUACCCUACUAUCCCAUUUCAUACUCGACAUGAUCGACACGCUUCUAUCUUCCCUUGAAGCUCGCGGCCGGGCGGUGCACAAAAGCAAAGCCACGCUUGGCGCCUUUAUUGCUAAUAAUGUCCACAUAGUCGACAGAGUCAUACGCAGUACUCCAGAACUAUCGAACUGUCUGUCAACGCCAGAAAACGCAAGUAGACUUGAAGUAUGGCGCAAGAAGGGUGUGUCGAUAUACCUUGAUGCUUGGCGUGAUCCGUCCUCGCAUCUGCUGGACGUACAAUAUACAAGCAGAGGCGGUGCCCGACCGACCUCAGGAGGACCCGUCGAUUCCAGCGCCAUCGUGAAGUCACUCUCCUCCAAGGAUAGAGAUGUGAUCAAAGAUAAAUUCAAGGCUUUCAACUCUUCAUUCGACGAACUGAUCGCGAAACAUAAGUCAUUAAAUAUGGAAAAGCCUGUUCGCACGUCUCUAUCCCGUGAGGUACAGGCUGUCAUUGAGCCUCUUUACGCAAGGUUCUGGGACAGAUACCAUGAAAUCGACAAGGGAAGAGGGAAGUACGCCAAGUAUGACAAGGGAAGCCUCUCUGCACAGCUCUCAGCGCUAAGCUAG